AUGGAUUUCUUCACCUGCUUGCAAACAAUCUCCACUAUUGUAGUAUGCAUAUACGUCUCCAAACUCUUGAAUUGGGUGUGGUUCACACCGAGAAACCUCGAGAAGCGCCUCCGGCAGCAGGGCUUCACCGGAAACUCUUACCGGGUUUGGUUCGGAGAUACGGAAGACAUGAGACAGAUGGGGAAAGAAGCUACCUCAAAACCCAUCAAUUUCACCCAUGAUUUCACCCACAGAAUCAUGCCCAUCUUCCAUUUUGCUCUCAACAAAUAUGGUGAGAAUUGCUUUGUAUGGUUCGGACCACGCCCAGCUAUCGUUGUGAUGAACCCAGAAAAUGUAAGAGAAGUUUUGUCAAAGAUGAAUGUAUUUCCCAAGCUUCCCGGUCGUCCCUUCGCUAGACUGAUGACGAAAGGACUAGUAACGCUCGAAACGGAUAGAUGGGCCAAGCAUAGGAGACUCCUCAAUCCUGCAUUUCAUCUUCAUAAACUCCAGCAUAUGGUUCCAUCUUUCUACUUGAGCUGUAAUGAGAUGUUGAGCAAAUGGGAUGAGAUUGUGGGAAAUGAAGGAAGUUGUGUAGUGGAUGGGUGGCCUCAUCUUCAGACAAUGACGGGUGAUGCGAUUUCAAGAACUGCGUUCGGGAGUAACUAUCUCGAAGGAAGAAGGAUCUUUGAACUACAACGUGAAUUAUCUCAACAUGUUGUCGCAGCGAAUCGAUCUGUUAACAUCCCGGGAUACAGGUUUUUACCAACAAAAAUGAACAAGAGAGCGAAGGAGAUCGCGAAGGCAGUGAACUCGUCCCUGCUCGGCAUAAUCAGUCGAAGAAUGAGAGCAAUGGAAGCAGGGGAAGCUAGCAAGGAAGACUUACUCGGAUUACUACUCGAAUCCAAUUCCAAAGAAAUCAAACAACAUGGAACUAAGCACGGAAUGAGCAUGGACGAAGUCAUCGAAGAAUGCAAACUCUUCUACUUUGCAGGCCACGAGACAACCGCGACUCUGCUCGUCUGGUCAAUGGUUCUAUUGAGCAAGCACGCAGAGUGGCAGACUCGGGCGAGGGACGAGGUUAUGCAAGUUUUCAACAAUGCAGAAUUUGAUCAUCAACAAGUGAAUUGCCUCAAAAUUGUUGACAUGAUCCUGCACGAGGUGCUACGACUCUACCCUCCUGCGUUUAUGGUCAUGCGAAGGACGAUCAAGGAAGUUAGGUUAGGGAAUGUGAGUGUACCGGAAGGAGUGCAGCUUAUGCUGCCCUUGAUAUUAUUGCAUCACGACGUUAAAUUUUGGGGCGAGGAUGCAAAUGAAUUCAAUCCGGAGAGGUUUAGAGAAGGUGUGUCCAAUGCGGGGCAGGGGGCAGGGCAACUGGCCUACUUCCCGUUCGGAUGCGGUCCAAGGAUAUGCAUCGGGCAGAACUUUGCUAUGCUAGAAGCUAAAAUAGCGUUGACUAUGAUUCUGAAGCGUUAUUCCUUUGAGCUUUCGUCUUCGUAUUCGCAUGCACCUCACUACAUGGUGGGUUUACAACCUCAACUCGGCGCGCAUUUGGUUCUUAACAAACUAUAAGAAAAGUCUGGGUACACCCAGACUUUUCUUAUUCUUUUUAAGUUUGUUCGUGGAAGAACGUCGAACCUUUAGCCAAAUGUCAUCUUUUUUUCACAUCUUGCUUGAUCGAAUAAAGAGUAUCCGAAAUGACAUAAGUAUAGGUUUCUUUGAUGGUGAAAUGUGAUUUCAGUUGAAGCUA